UGACUCGAAGAAUCAAUUUGAGCUACUUCUAAUCAAUUUUUGAUCAAAAACAGGGAAAAUUUUUAAAAAUGAUGCACAUGCAUCAAACGUAUUCGACUUAUUUUUAUCCCAGCCUAUUCUAUCUUCAAAAUCAUAUAAUAUACGCUGCCAAGCUUGUUAAUGCAAGAUCACGAUUACUAAAGGAUGAGAUGAGAGAUCUCGAGUAAGAGGAUGUUCGCGAUCAAAGCGAUCGGUAGCGGUAACGUGGUAACCGUAAUCAGGUAACCGUAGCAGAAGGGGCUUAACACGUGUUGUCCCGAGAUGCUGUUACACGGCCAGUCAGUCGGUCAUCGUCUUCCAUUGGUGUUCUGUACUUUUGAAAUAUCCUCUCCUCGUGAGUGCCGCGCACGAAUGCGUGGUUCCCAAUGUUCAACACGAUCAUCGGAUGUUUCACCGUUUAUUCCACGCUAAUGGUCUUACUCGCGAGUGUUGUACCGACCCACAUGGACGCACAGUGGAGUGUUCCGUCGUGGUUGUCGUUCGGUAUUUAUACUUUGAUCGCGUUCCCACGGAGCACGCACCAAUGGUCGUUUCUGGGCUUGAACUUUUGGCCGAAUCAGACCGUGGAGAAACCUUCCAACGAAUUCGAUUUGAUCGGAAAUCCAAUCUCGAAGGUUCUCGACUUCUUCCCCACCCCGGUGCAAGAGGAGUGCCUAUCACAAGACAAACGGCGGCAGGGCGUAUGCAUGAACACGUAUGAGUGUCGCAUUCAACGGGGGAAGUCCCUUGGACGAUGUGCACUUGGUUUCGGCGUGUGCUGCAUAUUCACGGCAAGUUGCGAGCAAGAGGUGCAGAAUAAUCUGACCUACGUGAUCAGCCCUGGUUUCCCCAACCUCAUUGACUGGCCCAUGAACUGUUCAGUGGUCGUGCGGAAGAUCGAUAGGCAGGUCAGCCAGCUAAGGAUCGAUUUCGUCCACUUCAACAUAGGUCAACCCAAUUCAAGGACUGGCGUAUGUGACGAAGAUAUUAUGGAAAUCAGGAAUGGCAGAAGUAUAUUUCACAUGUGUGGAUGGAACAGUGGUCAGCAUCUAUACAUCGACAUGGACGAGGAUGAUCAGCCAUUGACUCUGCACUUCCGAUUGCCCGGUGGUCUCCAGUCCAGAAUGUGGGAAAUGAGAAUCGUCCAAUUGGACUUCGAGCAGCGCGCCCCUACCGGCUGCCUCCAGUACUUCGAAGGCAACAACGGCACCUUAAAAUCCCUAAACUUUCUCUCGAACGGAAGAUUUCUGGCCAAUCAGGACUACUUACUCUGCAUUCGUCAAGAAAAAGGAAUGUGCGGAAUCUCUUAUUCGCCCUGUUCACCCGAUUCGUUCAGAAUAGGCCCAUCCAGGAUGCAAUCGACGAAUCGCACGAGUGCGAACGCGUCUGUCGCCGAGCAGGGUCAUGGAACGAAUUUCACCGAAAGGAAUAGCACCGACGCGUGGUCUAUGAACGCCACCGAUAACGAGGGAUCUGGAUCAAAUUCCAUGGACGAUUUUCUCACCUCCAUGAACACGAGCAAUCCAAUGGAGCAAGAAGUCGAUUCGUCGGGGGGGAGCAGCGUUUAUGGGCAAGAACGAUGCCGUGACAGGGUGCUCAUUCCCUGUGACUUCGAGGAAUUUAUCACGCCUGGCAACAACGAGGCGGGUAUUUGCAACCUUGAACACUGCGGCAAUUCACUGUGCGAUCGAAACCAGGUGGACGAAGAAGGCAACUGCCGCGUGGAGACUUGGGCAACGCCCUUUCGCAUCAGGGUGGCUUUUGGCCCUGGAGAGGAUACCGGGACCACGCUCGAGGACAAUAUUGGAAUGUGUCUCGUGUACGAGCAAUUAUCCUGCAUGGCUUGAAGGUAUGCCCUUCCAAGUGUGAUAAAUAAAUGCGAGGAUGAAACGUUUCUCGUUUCACCAAUUAUCCAAAGAUCAAUCACGAUACAAUAUUCGAGGAGGACGAUACAUUUUCGUGUUUGCUAUGCUCGGAAAUGAUACAAAUUAAAAUUUAAACUUUUAUAGACUGUUUGUUGUUAUGAGAUGAAUUUAGAUGUAGAAAUAAAUAUAUAAAAUGGUUAAUUAUUUUUGAUUCGUUAUACGUACACUUCAAUGAAUAAUCAAUGAUGAAAUUAAGGAAAGAUUAAUAUAUUAUUCGUUAAGAGAAAAUAUAACAUAUAACAGAAAAAUAUUUGUCGAUUUUUUUUUUAAAUAUAGUCAAAAUUUUCACAUCAUUUUUUUUAAUCAAGAAGGUAUCAUAUCUUUUUAAACAUAUCCUAUCAAAAUUCUAAAAAAACUAAAUAUUAAAAAAUACUUUUUUGGCCGUAAAGACAAAAAUCUAGUUAACAAAAUUCUAACUACGUAUAUUUUUUCUCAAUUCAAAAAAUAUUAAAAAAUUGUUAUUUUGACCUUACAAAAUUAUUUCAUUAUAUAUAUAAAUGAAAAACGAAACUUGUAUAUUCAAUAAGAAAAAAAUCUAGUGAUCCCUAGAAUUCUAGGGAUAACUAUUAAACGUAGGGAAAAACAUACAAAAUUGAAUUCAUCCCGAGACACCGAUGUCAAAGAGUUAAAUAGUCUUUAUUUACAAACGAACUAGCUUAAAUCGCAAACGCAGCGCACAACUCUCGAUACAAUAAUAGAUAUAUAUAAUUUCGCUUUUUUUUUUCUUUUUCAUUUCCAUUUUCGCCUCCGUUUUCUCUCGAUCACGCGUCACGAUCGUCGGCCACGACACGCCGCAGUUCAAAAUACACGAGUCAAUUUCGAAUCACAUCACUCUUUGCGUCCAUUUCUCGCAUGCAAAUAUAUUAUUGGUUCCGCCAUUCUUUUCUUCCCCGAUCAACCCUAUUGUCCCAUCGAUCUUUCCGGAUCUCUCUUCGAACUGACGCGGAAGGAGCCGACGAUGAUCACGGGGAAUCGCAGCGAUAACGAUAAUGAUGUUACAAGAAUAAAUUAUAAUGCUUAUUAAAUACAAUAAUGAAGGUGACGUCACGCCGGAAUUUUCGAAAGGAACGCCAUGCUCCUGACCAUAAUAAUGGCGUGACGUUACGAGCUCCUUAUCAUCAUCAUCAUCAUUUCUCUCGGUGAUUAUUACUUAAACUUCGUCCAACUCGUUCUUCAUCAUCUUCGUCUUUUGGUUUUUUUUUUUUAAUUUUUUUUUCUUUUCCUUUCGUCCAUUAAGUAUAUAACCGUAAUGAUAAGUAAUAAUUUAGGGAUGGAACACUCGAAAUCUUGAAAUUUUUCGAUGCCCAAAAAGUCUCGCGAGCGUCGAAACUUUUUGUUAAUUGUUCGAAACUGUCGAAACCUGGAUGAAGGAUAAUUUCUUGUGAAAAAUUUUUUUUUUUCUAUUCGAUUCAGCAAUGCACGAAGUUAUUAAUUCCUUUAUAGCAAAAAAUUGUUAUCAUUGGCCGAGCCAAAUGAAAAAAAGGGAUAAAAAUUUUCCAACCAAGUUUCAAGUUCUCGAUAACAAAAUAUAUAUAUCCGAAAAUACACACUCUCGCGCUAGAGGGUGGAAAAAAAGGAAGAAGCAAUUUGUUCUAGGUUUCGAGAGUUUUCCAGACCUCGUCAAAUUUCAGAAUCUUGAAUUUCGAAUCUAAAAAUCAGGUUACGACCCAUCUCUAUUGAUAAUAAUAACAAGAGAUUAGCAAUAAUCGUGAUUGAAAAAAACCUCGACGACCACCUCUCCCUGUAAUAACGAUUAUCCAGGCAGCGGGGGCCGUCGACGUCUGAUGUCGGCGUGUGUUUAAGAAAAAGUCGUAGCUCUAUCUACGAAAGUCAAAAGGACCGAUAAAACCGUGUAAAAGGGCGGUGGUGGUCAACGAACGUGGCGUGUAUAGGUUAUGUGUGCAUGUGUGUACGGUAUGCGAUGCGUGUAUACGGCUCUCGCGUGUAUUGGUACGAUUCAGAUAUGUGUGUAUGUGCGUGUGUGUUAUGCUUCUUUGUACAGAGUCCUUUACGAAUACGGCACAUGUUCUCUUCCCUCCCCCGCAUCUGAUACCGUACCGCGAUAACUCGUGCUAACUUUCUCUCCUCCUUUUUCUUUUUCCUCCUCCCUCCCUCUCUCUCUCUCUCUUCCUUAUCUUCCUUCCUUUCUCCCCUCCCCUAUUUUCUCCCCCUUUCUUCUCGCGUUUUCAUAAACUUGCUUUCCUUUUAUCGGGAACUCUCUCUCGGCUCGACCCUUCGAGUUUUAACGAAACUCUUUCCUUAUCUUUUUCUCCUUCAAUGCGACGCGAUGAUAUGUAUGCUAUUUUUUUUUCUUUUUAGAAGAAUAGGCGGUUUUAUAUUUUUCUUUUUCUCUCGAUUUUCGAUCGAAUAUCGUCGAUCCGAAGAGGUAGAGAUCGUACUCUUGCAGCGUGUGCAGAUUCGGAGCAACGAUCGAGCAUCGUCGACGCAUUAUUGGUUUCUCUUUUUUGAGCCUUUUUAAUUUUCCACGUUUGUCGGUUUGCUCGAUGAAUAUUUGAUGCUCGCUUCGUUUCUGUUUUCUGUGGGUUAUCCGUGUGUUAUAUAUCGAUUCGAGGUGGCGAGGGGUUUGUAUCGAGGGGUGUGUUUUCAACGGUGAUCCCCGUGCCUCUUUAACGUUGCAACAUCCGCCGAGUUGUGUUCGAUCCAUGUUUGAUUUCACGUUGAAUUUGUUUAACAUAUGAGAUUCUGUGACUUGGAUGUGGAUUGGAUCGUGGCCAAUGAAUUUGUUCGAUGUUCACUCGGUGAUGUGUUUGUUGAACAAACGUUUGACCCGUAGUUUAAUGCAUCCUUGAUUCAUGUCAGAUUUGUUGAACAGACUUGUAUCGAAUUUGUUCGAUCAAUUUCUUCCUUCUUUAUUAUCACAUUUUUCUCUUUCCUCCUUAUUUUUCUUCCUUUUUCUUUCUUUUCACUUUUAAAUUCGUAUUCAAAUUAUAGAAACUUUUAAUUGCUUGGAUAUCGUUUGAUUUAUUCCUAGGUUUUUACGCGUUAAUUUGUUUGAUAAUAUUGUUUGCUUGAUAUGAAACGAUUUAUUUUUUUUUAUAGAAACGACGAAUUUUUGGAGCGGUGGUUGGUUUAAGCAUUCGUUCUUUUUCUCGUUUAUCUCUGCGCUCUUGCGCGAUAAUUUCAAUGUCCUUCAUUGUUAAGGCUGUGGAUAAGAGAACGUAACCUUAGAUAACAGAAAAAUAUAUAUAAUUUUAUACAAUGAUAUUUUACAGAGCGCUUUCAGAUAUCAUCUUUCAUUUAACCAUAAAAAAAUAAUAUGAUUUUUUUCUUCUCUCCAUAUCACGACAUAUUUUACGCGAUGAAUAUUAUUUUAGAGAAUAUUUUUAUUCUCUCUAUUUAUUAUUAUAUAUAUAUAUACGUUUAUAUGUAUUAAUUUUCAUCAUUUCGUUUUUAAAGAAUAGUCUUUUUUAAAUAUAAGGAACGAAGAAGAUGAAAAAUGAUUUAUAAAUAAAUAAAUAAAUUGGAUUGAAACUUAGUGAAAAAAAUUAUUCUACGUGAAAAAAAUAAUAUAACAAGUAUAUAUAACGAGUAAUAACGUUUCUUGAAAUAUGAGGAAAUUUUUACAAAUAAUAAAAUGUUUCUAAAAUGAGUCGCGAAGAAUUAUUAUGCUUCAAUAAUAUUUUGAAAAAGCUAAGAGAAAAUCAAUUGAUCCAAUUAAGCGACGAGUAAAUUUUUGUUAAAUUUUUAUAAAUGACUACGAGUAAGAUUAAGAUUUUUUGAAAUAUCGCGCGAAAAGUUGCGUUUUAAUUAAACUUUAAAACUUGAAACUGUCUGCUAAAGGUGAUACGAAAUGAAAUGGAUCGGUGAUCCAACAGGAUAAUUCAAUUUUAUAGAUAAUGAGAUUUCUUGAAAUAAUGUAUGAAGAAAUAUUAGACUUUAUAAAAUUUAGAAACUGGAAACUCGUUUCACGAAAUUAACGAAAAGAAUGAACGGAUCUAAUAUAAGAUAAUAUAAGAUAAAGAGAUUAGUUGUUAUCAAAAUUAUAUUUUUAUGUAAUAUUCUUUAAGUUAAUAAUCUUAUAUAAACAACAUUAUAUAUUUUUUUUUUAACUAAACGAUACAUUGCUCUUAAAUGGUGAAUAAACUAUACAUGUUUUGUAUUUAAUUUUAAUUUCUUUUCGAAAUGUAACAAUAAAUUAAAUUUGAUAUUUCGUGCAUUUGCGAUACAUUUUAAUGGAAAUGUUUAAAUAAUGAUCCAUUUCAUAAUGUUAACGUCAAACAUCACUCAAAUCCAUGUAGUUUUCAUAUGAAUUUCAGAUAUUUAAUUUGUAUUAUACGAGAAAUUGAAAGAUAACAUUAAACUUUAUAUAGAAAUUUUUGUAUGACGAGGAAUUUGAAAUUCAACGUAAAAUUAAAUACGUAUAUAUUCAGUGAAAACCGAAUGAAAUGUAAACUUUGAAUUUUUCCAUAUUGCAAGAAAUAUAUUUUAUCAUUAUUUUUUUAAAUUAUUUCUAAAAUCAGAUAAUAAAAUGUUUAUUAUUAUGUGUAAAUUAAUUUAAUAACACCAAGUAUAAAUAUAAUAAUAAAUAAAAAUAAGCAUGAAAAUUAGUAUAAGUAAAAUAAUAAUAAAUGUAAUAACUAAUUAUAACAAUAAGGAUGUAUAAUAACGAUUAAUUAAUUGUUAACAUUUAUCGUAUUUUUAAUCACAUUGUGCUUUCAUAAUAAAGUUAUAUUUUUACCAAUAACAUUUAUUUCACUUUCUUCCAAUUAUAAAAUUUUUAACAUUCGUUAUUUUUUAAAUACGUAAUUUUUUUUUAUCCUAAAACAUUUCUUAUUCAAUGAUAACAUUUAAAAUUCAUAAACUCUUAAUAUAGAAAAGUAUAUAUAUGUAUACUUUCUAUGUUAAAACAGAAUGUUCAUUCAAUUGUAAUUAAAUAAAUUCAAUUUCCUCUUUUUUUUUCAUUUUAUAAUUUCUUCUGCAAUUUUUCAACAUUUUUUUUCAACAAUUUUUAUUAUAGAACUAUAGCGACAAUGUUAAAAGAAGAAACGUCAAUUGGCCAAUCUUUCUCAUCAGCACGUACGUUUUGUGUCUUUAUGAUUCACCAUUAAUAUCGUUUAACAGUAAUACGUAUAUCCAUAAAUGUGUAUUCGUACGAAUAUUUUUCAUUUUAUUUUUGCUCACGUAAUAAAUGUAUACAUCUUCUUUUAUUUCUUCCCUUCUGUCCUUUCUCAUUAUUUUCUUCCUUUUCCUCCUAUUCUGUUUCGUGUUUCCUCCAUUUUUCAUUGUCUUGUUUUCCACUUGUACGUGACAGAUUUUAAGCUUUUUCAUUUGAAUAAUCACUGGACACAGGUCGACUGGAGAAAAAGAAAAUUCGAGCAACAUUUCAACCGAUGUGAAUAAUCCGGAAUAAAUUCACAAACGAAUGAACUUGUGAACUUGUCGAUGAAGAUGGAGACAGGAAUUUUUUUACAAUCAACAUGGUUUUUUUCAGUUUGUCUGCUUCGAAUUCAAUGAUUCUUUUCGUCAUAUCACUCAAUUGUUGAGAAAAAUUAGAAAUAGAAUCAUAAUAGAAUUGAAUUUUUUUUCUUAUUAUCAAAUCAUUCAAAGAUUUAAAAAUCUUUUGACCAUUUGUGUGUUAUCCGUUCUACAAGUAGCUUCUUGGAAAGAGCAAGAUAAGAUCGAAUUAAACUUUCAUGUUUUACUUUUCUUUAAUCCAAAGGUUUAAUGCAAAGGUUAUCUUAUCUUUCAUUUUCCUUUAUCUUAAUUCAAUCUUUUAUCUUUCAUUUCUGUUUCACUCAAUUUCAACUUUUAUCUCCCAUAUCUUUUUAAUCCUGUCCUAAUCCCUAUAUUUCACCACACUUUAUUUCAAUUCGAACUCCCACUUUUCUCUAAUUCAAAUUCUUCCUUUCUCACUUUUUCCUUUUUCUAUUUUCUACUUUCUUUCAACACUCAAAUUCUAUUUAACCUAACCUCAAGUAUUUGACUUAAACCUCCCUAACUUCUCUUCCUAUCUAGUUCAAGUUUCUAUUUUCCACUUCUUUUCAACACAAACUAAACUUCCAUUUCCCACUCUUUCUCAGUUUCAAACUUAUAUCUUUAAUUUCUGUUUAACACGGCCCAAAGCCAAAAUUUUUCAAACUCAUAUCUUCAUCUCUCUGUAAUUCACUUCCAAAUUCUUAUUCAAGCUUCCAAUUCAAUCAAAACUUUUAAAUCGUUCAUAUUUCUUUUUUUUUUAUUCAACUUCAAUCUCUAUCUUUCAAUUCUCUUCUCCAGUAUGUUUAUUCUUAUUUUAUAUAUUAUAAUAUUUCCUCAAUUUAUGCUUUUUUUCUAUGUACUUAAAACUUUCUAGCCUGAUCUAAAACUUUAAUCCUCCACUGUUUUCAAUCCAACUCAAAUUUUUAUUUUCCACUUCAUUUUAACUCUAACCUUCCACUUCUUACUUUUUUCAGUCUGAUCCAAAUUCCUAUCUCUAAUUCCUUUUUUCAACACGUCUCAGUCACCUACAUUUCUUUCACCCUCUAUCCAAUUUAAUAUUCAAUCCAAACGAUUAUUUAUUUCUUUCAAAUCCCUUCUUAAACAAAUCCCUUUUUAUCCCCUUUCUUUAAUUUUCUUUAAUCCACGCAAAAUUUCUACCUUUCUCUCUCUCUCUCUCUCCCUCUUCUUUCACUCUUUUCACUUCCUUUUCUUUUUUAAUCCGCUAUCCUCGACUGGACGUAUCCCAACCAAUUUCCAAAUUCGUCCAAUCUCCAACGAUCUCUAAUCCAACGGGUUGAACCCUGUCCCACUGCUUUUGUUUCUCCCUAGAACCCCUCCCCCUGAACUUGUCCGUCAAUUACACCCGAUUGCAACCGAUCGAAAUCCAGCCACGGCGUGGUCAAACAGGUUUCCCCAUCUCGGGGAAACGGAUUUGUUCGCCGACGAGUGUAUCGGAUCCCUCAUCCCCUCCCCCUCCCCUUUAAGCUUUUGUGUUUCUCGAGGGACGUGGAGGAGAAGGGGGAUAAAAAUCAGGGGGAUAUUUCGCGGAUCGACGUUCAUGCCGGAUUGGAGGACAGGUCACGUCUCAUUUUAUCUGUGUUGUCAGACGCGGAAUCGAGUGGGCGAGAGAAAGGCGAAUCCUACGCGCGUGUGGGACUCGUAAAAGGGAUCCGGAUCGAGAUAAGAUCGAUCGAUGCCCGACUCGUGUCGUUCGACGAUUCAUUUUCUUUCUGCUUUUGUCCCUUUGCUAUUGUUCCAGAUAAUUUUAUUAAGCGAAAUUGUGCGUGUUGCUCGAAUUGAAACGGCUGCUUACUGAUCUUCUGAAUGCUCGCUUCUGCAAAACGUUCUAAAUCGUUCAAAAUCUUUCUUUCUUUGCGUGUGUUUUAACUUUUUGUUUUUUUUUGUUAUGUUAUGUUGUUUCGGUUGCUUUUGUCAUAAGAAAUUGACGAGAGAAAAAGUAGAAAAUCGAGAUCGAUUAAUUGGAAAAAGAAAUUUCGAAGAGAAAAGUGAAGAGGGAAUAUGAAGAGGACGGUAUUCUCGAAUUAAAUUCGUUAAAGAAAUUGUUGAGUUUCGAUUCUGUUUAUAAAAUACAAAGAGAUUUGACGCGAUUUAAAGGGGUUUAAAUAUUGGAUAAUGAUUGCGAUUUAAAAUUGAAUUCUAUCGAAAUUGCUUCGAAAGUUCAAACGGAAUUAAAUCGGAUUCCAUUGAGUCUUUUUUUUCUUUUUUACACCAUUGUGUAAAUUUUAUCACUUUGUUAAAUAUUUGUUAACUUUUGUGAGUUUUAUAAAAUUAGUAUCGUGUAGGAAUAUUUUAUACUUUUAUGUUUCAUUCGGAUGAAUUGAGUUUUAAGUACGAAUUAGCAUUCAUAAUUAUCGAUUAACGAUAAACCGACGAAUUUUUUCUAACGACGAUUAUUAAAAAUUAAAUUUAAAAUCUUGAAAUAACGAUUAUCAUAUAAAUCAUAUAAAUUUCAUAUAUAUAAAAAUUAUUGUUUUUUAACAACGUUUUUAACAAACAAUCUUUUAUUUUUAAUAUUAACUCAAUUUUCUUUAUAAUAAAUAUCGAUUAUAAUGAAGUGAUUAUGAUAAGGAAGAAAAACGGAAGAAAUUUAUCAUACGUGUACAUAACAUUCUUCUCAACAAUAAAAUUUAAAUAUACGUUGAAACUUGAAAUCGUUAUUUCACGUGCUUUCGACUAAUGAAGGAAAUUCAAUUCAAGCGAUUUACAGUUCAACCAAUUCGAAUCGCGUUUUCGCAUUAGUUUGUUUUAAAAACACUCGAAACGUACUGCUAAAUUAUCGAUAUUCGAUUAAGUCGCGAUCCACAUAAAGCUUUGGCUAAAGAAUUCAAAUUUAAUGGCAAUCAUCCACUUCAAAGAGCAUUAACCAUCAUAUUCGAAAAUAGAAAAAAAAAAAAAUUUAAUUCAAACAAUCAUUACAUUCAAUGCAACUUAAUAUAAACUUUUAAUAAGAUUACCUCAAUUUUUUUCUCUUAAAUGUAAAAUAAUUUUGAUAAAAUUUUAAUUGCACCGUGCUCCAUUUUAUUAUUUAAAAGGUUAAUUAUAUAUUUCUUAAGAAAAAAAAAAAAAAAAGAGAAAGAAAGAACUGAAUUUCCAAAAUUUUUUGAAUAUCUUAUUCCCUCAUAUUUCUCGUAUUUAAUUUCGCCUCUAAUUAAUUAACGAGUGGAAAAUUCCGGACAAAUCGCGUAGAAACUGUUCCUGAGGUGAAUCGAGGUUAAAUUUAAUCUCGUUUCCAGUUCAGAGAGGCAGAUUUAACGAAAAAUAAAUUAUUGUUGGUACGGUAGAAUCGUGUUUUUAAACACGUUAUUAAUCAUCCGAGUGCGGACUCUGCUCUAUUAAAUACCAAAUUUCUGUUAAUCAUUAUCUUCAUUUCGCGGUUUCGUUUCAUCAUUCAUUUUUAAUUAAUUGUUUUUCCAUUUACAAUUCGUCACUCAUUCAUGUCGUUCAUUCAUAAACGUUAGACACCAUAUAAAAAUUUUUAUUAGCUAUCAUAACGGAAAUUAGAUAUUUUCUUGUGAAUUUUAAUUUUUUCAAAUAAAAGUUGAAAAGAGUAUAUCCAAUAAUUGGAAAAAAAAUUUUUAAAUCUUUUUUUGCCUUUCUUCUUUUCCCCUUUUUUUUUAUAUGUAUAUAUAAUUAGUUUGAAAUGUUUUUUUUUUAAUCUUGUUUUUGUUCAAUUUAAAAUUAUCAUCUGCAUAUUUUGAAAUUCCAAUUUUUUUAAACAGGUUAUCCGUGUUUCUUUUAUUCGAAACGAAGUUUCGUGUUUCUUUCUUCAUUUUUAUAUUCAAAAUAAUCUUGUUUCAUUUAUUACGUAUGUAUGAAAGUUUGUACAAUAAAACCAUUCUUCUUAUUCUAUAAUUUUACAUUCUUGCUUAAAUUAUACAAUAUAUAUAUAUAUUUUUUUUGUUUUUUCUGUAUUUAACUUCAAUCAUUAAUUCUCAGAAUGUAUACAUAUUAUUGUUAUUAUUGAAUGAUAAACCUUCCAUUAAAAUUUCUUAUUAUCAAAGAAACAAUAUUCUUAAAACUUUUGUCAACAUUUUUGGUAAACCUUCAAGUCUUUUUUCAAUUUUUUUUUAUGCUUUUAACAAUUAUUCCUCAUCUUGAUUUCUAUCUUAUUUUUAACUUUUCUUUUCAUUCUUAAAAGAUAAAAAAAAACAAAUAUUUUUAAAAUUAUAUCAACCUCUCAAUAUCAAAAAAAAAAAAAAUUAUAAAAUUAUUAUAACGCGCAAAAUAAAUAAAACAACUUCUCCAAUUUCUUUAACCUCUCUAACUUUUCACUCGACAAAUUUUAUCCUUUCUAAUACCAAAAAAAAGAAACGUUCCAACAAAAACAAAACUUCGAACCGCCUCGAUUUCACCCUCUAACGACUCCAAACUCGAUCCACACUCGACUCUCCCCAUCUUUGGGGAUUCCCCAUCAGAAUCGAUUCGAACGAUUUAUCCCCCGAACCCUUUCAUCUUUAUAAAACUCGUCCAUUGUUCCCAAAUCGACGUUCUCGAAUCCAUCUCUUCGUCAUCAUCCGCUCCCCGCCUCCCCCAUGUUUCGCGUUUCACGAAAAUCUAGAAACCAGGUCUUGUUCACAGGGAUGCACACCCCUUGAUGCUGGUCUCUUGAUAUGCUUUCCUCUUCUCGCUCUCCUUUCCACACCCCCUUCAUCCCUGUCGUCAUCCUCUUCUCUCUUUCUCUCACGUGCACACACACACACACACACACACACUGAACCUCUCAUCAACCACUCAUUGUAGCUCGAAUUCCCAAUAUUACAAUAAAAUUCGAAUAUCGAUGAUCUGAAUUCAAACAAUCGUAUGGGGAUAGAUCGAGGAACAAACAGCUAAGAAUCCUGAUGCACGCACAAAUAUUAUUGAAUUUAUUAUUGCAGAGGACAAAUGCAAUUUUUCUUCGAAUUCGAGGAUCGACAGGGAUGGUGCAGGGGUGAGUUGAUUGGUCCCUUGGCGGUAUUCAGGGUGUGCAUCGUGCGACAUACAAAUUCACAAUCUGACGAAUCCUUCGAUUUUUCUUUGUCGUGUCUCUCCCUUUCUUCCUUCGUUCUGUUAUUCUUUCUUCUUUUUUACUUUACUUUACAGGGGGAAGCUGGCAAACAUUUUGUCCAAACAAAAAUCCUUCUUGUGCGCGGUUGAUCUUCGAGAAACUUAAGAUGCUUAAGGGUCGAUGCUUAAGGGUUGUGUCUUUUCUUUUUUUUAGUUUUUCUCUUCUCUUUCGUUGCGUAAGGUAAUCGAAUAGCUCGCGUUGGGGGGUAAUAAACGACGCUUUGAAAUUUCAGACGAUCGUUUUUCGAGAGAGAGAAAAAAAAAAGAAACUUUUCGUUCUCAAUUUGGAAUGGAUGGUUUGUAAUUUGCUCGUUCUCGGCUCGUAUUUUCUGUCCUUUCUGCUCCAUUCGCCUCCAACCGUUUGUUUGUUCGUUCGUUUGUUUAUUUAUUUAUUUAUUUUCUUCGCUUUUUGUUCAAUGAUCGUGUCUAAAAAUGUUUUCGUGUAGAAUGACAAGUGUUCAUCUUAGCAGAGAAAGUAGAAAAAUGAUUUUUUUCAAGCUUAUAUAGGAUCGAUGAUUACGUGUGACGAUGUUAAUUAUAAUAAUAAUUAUUUCGUUAUAUUUUAACAAAGCAUACCGUUGAUCAAGUACCGUCUUAUACUGACUUUAUAUUAAAAAUGUAAUAAAUAGAUGCACAAGGGAUGAAAAUGGACGAGAAAUCUUCCCCCUUCGUACGGAUGGUAAACGCGAUUUACAAAAUUUGUGCAAAUUUUAUUUAACAUCUCGUCGUGAUCUCUUAAAUGAAACAAAUAUGUGAAUUAAAAUCCGAAGAAUUAUAUCGACCGGGAUAACAAUUAAAAUGGAAAUUUUUGUCGGAAAAAAAUUCUUCCAUCGUCUAUUUUCACCCCCUUAAUGCCUUUUAAUUCGUCCCUUCAUUUUCGUUUAGAAUCACCCUGUAUAUUUCGUGUAUCAUACAAUACGAUUUGUAUUGUCUCUUUUAAUUUUUCUCACCAUACGUAGUACUUACGAACAAUUGUCGAUGAACAAUUUGGAUUUGUAUAUAUAACUAUGUCGUACAGCUAUGUAGGCGACCGUGUAUGCGUGUCUGGAUGGAUGUAAGUACUUGUGCAGUAAAACGCGACGAAAUGGUCGAGUCUUUCACUGGAGUACAAGGUUUAUCGUUUCUCGAACGCGUCUCCAACACAUAUUACGUAACAUUCUUCGUUCCUAGAGGGGUGAUUCUUCGUCACCAGUGAUAUCGUCUCGCGUUUAUACACAACAGACAACUCGUCACUCUUCACUCACUGAUCUGGUACACUGCGUACACCAUGUUUUUUACGACUUUUUCUUUAAAAUUUUUUCCCAAUAAUUUCGAUCUGAAAAAUUAUAGGAUAUCGUUUGAAUUAGAUGUUAUUGGAUUGUAAAAAGAAGUUUGCAAAGCGAUUGAAUGUUUAAAAGAAACGUUAAUUCUAAUAGAAGAUAAUAUUAUUUUAAAAUGGAAAAGGAUAUAUUUUUAUAAAUAUUUUAAUUCGCGUGUUCUUUCAAUUUUUGCAAUUACGCGAACAAAUUCGAGUAAUUUGGAUAUCGAAGAAAUAUUUUUAAAAAUAUAAAGAGCAUUUGAAUAAAUUCCAUAAUUUUUCAGAUGGAAUAUUCUUCCUUCGAUUCUUUUCCUUUUUUUCUUUAAAAAAUGUCCUGUUUUCUUUCUUCUUCUUCUCUUCCUAUUUUUACAAUGCCACUGAUUAGUAACGGUUCGUUAAGAGUAAAUUAUUGUCACGUGUAUACAUAUAUUGCUUAGAAAAUUGUCUUUAAUUGUUCAUGAAGAGAUUUUUUAUUGUUCUGGUGCAAUCGUUUCUUGUAAUUGAUAUACUUUGGAUAUAUAACUAGAAUUAUUUGUUCGAUGGAAAGAAAAUUAUAUUUCGAAGUAAGAUUGACUUAUUUUAUUUAAAGUUGAUAAGAAGAAAUCAUUUUGUAAAGCGAUUUUUAAAUACGUGUUUUUCAUUGAAGUUUCAUCGAAAACAAAAUUGUAUUCUCUUUUCUUUUUCCAAUUUGUAUCUAUUCAACCGAGAAAAUCAAUAAUUAAUUAAUAGCCUUUUAAUAAUCUAAUUACACUUGUUAAUAUCACAGUAAAAUUAACAAUUUAAAAUUAACAUUGUGUCAUUAUCACUUGAGCAAUAUAUCCUCGAUAUAUCUUUUAUUUUAAUCUUAAAAUUACGAAAAUCUGUUUUUCAUUAAUGAUCGUCCAUCAAGAGUUAUAAUUUUCGUAAUGGAAAUUGGAAAUUCAGAAUUCCUGUUUAAAUUGCUUAACAAUUUUCUGGAAUAUUCUUUCUAUCCUACUUAACACUUUCUCUAAAAUACAUAAAUUGGAUCGAUUCCGACAAAGUUCGUAUAAAUUUCUAACUUUACUCGAAAGGUUGAAAGAUAUGUUGAGCUUGAAAUAAUAUUGCAUAAUUAAAAAUUCUCGAGGGACAAAAGGAAGACAAAACAAAAUUUGUGAUAAUCUGGAUUAAUUAUCAGUUUCUGCGCCGAGCAGCCAUCAGGCUUUCGUCCGAUUUACAUUUACGAGGCAAAUAAAUAUAUCUAUUGUUUCGAAAGAAUCGAUUUAAUCAGAAACAAUCAACGAACGAUUGGAAAAAUUGUCGAAGAAAAAUAUCAGAGUGCAAAUUAACUUGAUGGACGGCACUGAAUUGAUUGUAUUUUCCCUGUAUUAUUUUCGAUUAUGCGAAAUCUACGUUGUAAAUCGAUUUUGAAAGAUCGAUGAUAUCUCGUAUUCAAAAAUAAAUAAAAAUAAAUAAAUUCUUCUUUUUAUCAUAUAUAUAAUGCAAUUAAGUGAGUGUUUUGAGCGUGUUCAGUUCAGUUUUUAUUUGUCAACAUUUAAAUUCGAAUUAAUGUAAAUAUUCUAAAAUCUUCAAGUAACAUUUUUACAAUUAAAAUUCGUUACGAAAACGGUAUAAAGAUUAUUAAUUUAUUUUAUUUCCUUACAAUCUUUUAUCGUCUCAUCUUUCAAUUCUAAUUGUUUCGAGAGGUGCAUACAACGAUAUUUCCAUUUUGAACUCGUUUUAUAAAAUAUUCUGUUUUCUUUCUUCCUUUAUUUAUUUAUUUCUUUUAUGCGCCACAAUCGUACAAUCUGGAAACGAUAUCACUGGUUUUCAGAAAGUAUUCGUGACCUCAAAGAUAGCGAUACUAUAUCAAUAUGACAAUUCGUAACUUUUAGAGUUUCUUAAGAAUUAAGUGAUGAAGGCUGCUUUCUACUUAUUUCAUUAAAAAAAAAAAAAAACUAAUGAAAAA